AUGCCUCAACCACAGCGAAACCAAUUUGCUGAAGAUGAUUCAGACUUCGAAAGCAAUUCACACGCCAAUGAGGACUCGACCGAUUCUGACUCCACUGACUCGGAUGAAGAUCUCGUGGAGAUACGCGCUGCUAUUGCGCCUGCUAGAGAUGGUGCAACUAUUCAGGAAGUCCGACAGGCGCUUGAAAUGGCACAGAAUCUGCUGCUGAAUAUGCGUGGCAAAUGUCGAGAACUAUUGAAACGAAACGCCCUUCUCGAAGCUACUACAGCCAAAGGACGACGGGGGAAAAACUUGACUGCUAAGGAUCUUGCACUCUCUGCCAAAGAAGACACUAUACGGGCUCACGGGCGUAAAUAUUCUAUGACGCACUGUCUAUGGAUUAACGCCGGGAUUUUUCCUCUGCAUGUGCCUCCUAACAUUGAACUCUUUGGUAGCGAGCGUUGGCUGUCGCCACAGUCAAUAGAGGACGGCGUAAAGGCUGAGUUAUUCAAGUUCAUCCCAGAAAUUGAUCAUGAGUUGAUGGGCUACAAGAACUUUGCACCGCAUUUUGCAAAGGGUGUCAGUGGCAUUCGCUCAGAGAUGGUUUCAGACGUCAAGUCUUGCGCAGAGCGUCCCAACAAAGACGAGUUCCUCAAAACGGCUAAGCUUGUUCGGGUCUUAAAGGUAGCACUUUUCGGGAAAUCCUCCCUCUCCGCCACCUACGCUCCAGCCCCAAAGACCAAGGGCAAACUUUGGCAAUUAUGGAAUACGACUCCAGGUAUGAUUGCUGCUGCUGCUGUUGUUGCAAUAUUUGUUCUUUCAGGUGACAAGGAUCUGUAUGCGAAAGGCGAAAAAAGCAACAUACUGUACCAACAAUAUCACAACUAUUAUCGCCAACGUCUAAUGACUGGAGGUGCCUGGGCGCGAGACAUCACAAACUUUUUCAACAACGCCCUCUUUCCUGAAACCUCAUCCUCACAUGCCGCUCUGGAUGUGGCAGAUACCGGCACCUCCUACAACAGCUGGGAAGAGGAACUCGAGCGCGCUAUGGAAGAGGGAGGUGAAGGGCCUGCUUUUCCAUUUGAUACUGCCAUCAUUGCACCUCAGGAUAUUGCGCAAUCUUCCUCUGCUGCGUACCCACCAUCUGCCUCUGCUGCGCACCCGCCAUCUGCCUUGGUCGCAUGCCCAUCUGCCUCGGUCGCACUACCAGCAUCUACUCCUGUCACCACCCCUGACACACUGCCACCUGUCUCUGCGACAGCUCCCGUCAUCUUGCACUCGCCUACUCCUAUCAUUGGGGCACAAACUCACUCCAUUUCUUCGGCAAUGCAAGAUCUUGCGUUGGCAGACGAGGCUAUUGCGGUUGGUGCUAUCCCUCCAAAGCCCAAACCAAAGCCAAGGCAUACUAAAGCCAAGGCGGUCCAGGACGAAACAGGUGCUGAGAUCUACACCCUCUCGUUGCUGUUGCUGUUACUCCCAGCUGCCCUCAAUCAUUUCUGGCGCUGGUGCACUCCAUCAUCAUUAUAUCUUCCUAUCCGCUCUCCUGCUAUGUCUACCAUACCAUAAACAACUAGUCUAUUAGUAAAAACCAUUCUGUAUUUUGAACCACCCGCAAUUCAAUUCUGAGAGUUUCAAUGUGA